GAGAGGGCCAUGCUUGCUGCUGCCUCAAGCUUAUUUUUCCCCACAAAACUGUCCCCUCAGUCAGCUCAUGGUGAAGCUAACUAACCAGGCUCCUAUCAGUCAGCUCACGGUGAAGCUAACUAACCAGGCUCCUAUCAGUCAGCUCACGGUGAAGCUAACUAACCCGGCUCAUAUCAGUUAGCUGAUGGUGAAGCUAACUAACCAGGCUCCUAUCUGUAUUUUGGACUUUGUUUUCACAACAAGUCUAAAAAAAGACGUUAUUGAAGGGAUGUCUCAUCUUAAAGGUCACAAUUCACAUGAUGGAUGAGGAAGAUUGUUUGCAGAAGAUUAUAGCUAAUGGGGCUAAUUAAUUGUACAGAGAAACUAAAGUGAAACAGAAGGUAAGUGAAUUUUUUUGUGGUAUUGGGAUAUUUGAAGGCAUGCAAUGAACCAAUACAACCUGUGCUUAGUGCUAAAAUAGGUUAAUUGGUUCUAAUUAGUUUGCAUAAUAGCUAGUUAAGAUUAGGCUAACUAUCCUGUAGAUGCAGAGUGUAGGCCUCAUUUUGGCUUUUGUUUACAAUUCAUUGUAAAUGGUAUAUUUAAGUGAAUGUAUAAAGUACUAAAUUUGAACAUAAAUUGAGGCUUAUGACUGAGGUGCUUCAAAAAAUAUUUAAGUAAUUUUAAAUGACAAUAUUUCACAGGGCAAUCUCAAAUAGUGAUAAUUCACAAGAAAAUGAAAACAGACUGUAGUUUCCGUUUUGGGGCUUUUAAUUUGAAAUCCACAGGAAGUCACAUGUACGUUUUAUUAAAGGAAACUUAACAGUUAGCUAGCUUCUGUCAAAGCAUGCUCAUGGAAUUGAGUUGCUAAAAUGGGAUGACAGUUAUUGAAAAAGAUAAAAGAAGACUCAGAGGGUUGCGUUAAAUGUAUUUACAGUAACAACUUUGUUGUUGCUGUGUGUUUUCUCUAGUCCAAGCUGUAUUACCAAAAUGUGCUCAGGUUGCUAGUGGCUACAAGAUGCAAGAAAACACAUCCAGCAUUGAAAGGGACAGCAUUGCUGCAGACAGAUCCAGACCUUUGCCCCUGUCAGACAAUCAGAUUGAUGUCACUGGUCAACACAAAGCUCCUCAAAAGAUGGCCAGCACAACAACUGAGAGCACUGUGGCAGACAAGUCCAAAAUGUUACCCCUGUCAGACAAUCACAUUCAUGAGAUCACUGGUCAACACAAAACUCAAUAACAGACAUCCAGCAUUGAAAGGGACAGCAUUGCUGCAGACAGAUCCAGACCUUUGCCCCUGUCAGACAAUCAGAUUGAUGUCACUGGUCAACACAAAGCUCCUCAAAAGAUGGCCUGCACAGCAACUGAGAGCACUGUGGCAGACAAGUCCAAAAUGUUACCCCUGUCAGACAAUCACAUUCAUGAGAUCACUGGUCAACACAAAACUCAAUAACAGACAUCCAGCAUUGAAAGGGACAGCAUUGCUGCAGACAGAUCCAGACCUUUGCCCCUGUCAGACAAUCAGAUUGAUGUCACUGGUCAACACAAAGCUCCUCAAAAGAUGGCCAGCACAACAACUGAGAGCACUGUGGCAGACAAGUCCAAAAUGUUACCCCUGUCAGACAAUCACAUUCAUGAGAUCACUGGUCAACACAAAACUCAAUAACAGGUAGUGUACAGUCAUGUUCAUCACUGCAGAUUACAUGCUAUAGUCUCUAUAAGUAAGGUUUUGGUAUUUGUCAUGUCUUAAGUAUGUAAGAAGAGGAAGGAAGUGUAAUAAAAUGUGCUCUAGUAUGAAGCAGUAUACGCAACAGUUUAAUGUAAUGCAUCUAGAAGGUUUGUGGAAGUCCAGUUGACUAGUUAGGGCAGAUCUUAACCUUCAGGAGGGUCUGUUCUAUGGUUAAUCUUCAGUGUUUUCUGGACACUGACGACGUCCCCACAGCACACAUUUGGUCAGUUUCUGAAUAAAAACUGUGUGAAACAUUUUGGACCAAAAUGGUUCCCAUUAGACACUGUUACAUUGUGUGUAAAAUGUCCCCACAAAGCCUGUUGUGUUUGAGUUGUGUGAUUAAAGACAGGGCUUGGCUGGCCAAUAAGAAAUGCUUUACUUUGAAUUUCAUUUUUUUCUCAGAAUUCUGGUAUUUGUUUGCAUG